UGUGUUCAACAAAAGGAACUUCUCAACCCUUUUUAAGUGAUGGUUAUAAAGAAGAGUAUAGCUUAAAAAUUCUUGCCCAAAAACAAUCCAGCCCUUACAGAUUAGGACAAUACUACUCGUAUAUCAUUGACAAAGAAAAGUAAAAGCUCAGGAAAAUGACAGGGCAAGGCUCAUCUUGUGGAGCAUGCAAGUUCCUGAGGAGGAAGUGCACGAGUGAGUGUGUGUUUGCCCCAUAUUUUUGCUAUGACGAGGCUGCAGAUCACUUUGCAGCAGUGCACAAGGUGUUUGGUGCUAGCAACGUGUCAAAGCUAUUGUUACAUCUACCGAUGCAUAACCGAAGCGAUGCUGCUCUCACUGUGGCUUAUGAAGCACUGGCUCGAAUGCAAGACCCCAUUUAUGGUUGUGUUGCCCAUAUCUUUGCUCUCCAACAACAGGUUGCUAACCUCCGAGAGGAGAUAGAGGUUCUCGGUAAUCAAAUGGCCAAUCAUUCAGUUGGAAGUCCAAGCUAUGGAAGUCUUCAAGCAACUGCUUAUUCAGACAGUAAGUCACAGUUUACAACACAACAUGACAACAAGGAGACACUAGCUUACCAGGAUCAACAAGUUGCAUUGCCCAUCCAUCCAGAGUAUAAAACUGAAAUCCAAACUCUUGAAUGUCAAAUAAAUGAACGACUUCCAGCUUCCCCUCCUUACAUACAGCAAAACCAAAACUCUUUCUUUAACUUUGAUCUAAAUCCUCCUCAAAGAAACUUUGAAGGGAUGGAACCAGGAAUUCAAAUCGAUUAUCCAUGGUUCGAAACUGACAGCGUUGCUGGAGGAUGGGAAGGUCUAAGCUGAUAGCAGCUAGCAAGUUCUAAGUUGUAUAAUAAGUUAGAUGUCCAGUAACAUAAAAACUUCAAGUAGGAAUGUCUAACAAGUUUUGCACCAGGCAUGAUGUCAUUUAUGUUAGAUAACCCUUCUGAUGAAAUGAAUGUCUACUAUAGUUUGAUUUCCAAGUAAACAGCCUCUGAUUCU